AUGGCGGCCCGUCCCUCGUCCGCACUGCGGAGUCGCGAGAUGGCCGACCAGGGCUGCGCGGAGAUGAUUUGCACAGCAACUCCGGCGCCGCGCCCAGGAGGCGGCUGUCCCGCGCUGGCGGAGCGGGGGGCGUCGGUCGCGCCCGUGCCGCACUUCGGGGGCGGCCAGGAGGGGGCGAUUUUCUGCAGCAGCGAUGCCCGGCAGUCUCGGAGCAGCGCGUCACGGCGUAGGCGCUGCUGCCCAGGCCCAGCCUGCGCGCUGCGCGCGUCGCUCUCGUUCGGGAGGGUGCCCGGCGGCAGCGGCCCCGCGAGCUGGUCGCAGCAGCGUGACGCCGUCGCCGCGCGAGCUCUCCUCCAGGUGGAUGUGUUGCCUUCUAUUUAUGUCGAUGUCAUUGUUUCGUUCCCCCAGUGUUACCGACGCCGCGCCGCGCGAGCUAUCCUCCAGCAGCGCCGGCGAGCCGGGCGAGCGGGGAGCUCAGGCAUGCGUGUGGCGCGACGGCAUCCGAGCCCGAGGCUUAUGAUGUUCCAGCCUACUUCAGCUUUGAUCAAGAAACAAGUUCCGAAACUCGAGUCGGGCCCAGCGGCCAGCGGCCAGAGAAAAGACACGCCAGAGGCCAAGGCCUAG